AUUUAUCAACAACGCUUUGACUUAUUCCACUGUUUUUUAUUUUUUACAACAUUUAAUUAUAAAGUAUUUAAUAUUGUAUAAUUGUUAAUAAUAUUGUUAAUAAUUAAAAAUGGAAACAAUAUUGGAACAACAACGUCGUCAUCAUGAGGAAAGAGAACGAUUGAUUGAUUCAAUGGUCAAAGAAUUAUUGCAUAAAAAGCCGGGUCACCGAGAAAACAUUAACUCAGAGUAUCGUUUAAAAAUGUUGCUAGAUAAUUUUAUGGAUAGUACAUCAAAAUUACAAGAAUUAUAUGAGGAUAAAGAUGGUCAAAGAAAAGAAGAGGUUCAAGCAUUAUCUGGACCAAAUGAAUUUUCUGAAUUUUAUUCACGUCUUAAGUCAAUAAAAGAUUUUUAUCGACGUCAUCCAAAUGAAAUAAGUGUACCAAUGUCUGUUGAAUUUGAAGAAUUAACAAAAAUGCGUGAAAAUCCAACUGAAGAAUUAUCAAAUUUAGUACAAUUUACUGAUGAAGAAGGCUAUGGUAAAUAUCUUGAUUUACAUGAAUGUUAUGAAAAAUAUGUAAAUUUAAAAGGUAUUGAAAAAAUUGAUUAUAUAUCAUAUUUAUCAACAUUUGAUCAUUUAUUUGAUAUAUCACGUGAACGUAAAAAUGCUGAUUAUCGUAGAUAUGUUGAAGCACUGCUAGAAUAUUUAUCAAAUUAUAUAACAAGAGUUAAACCACUUCAUGAUAUUGAUGUUGAACUUGAGGAUGCACGUAAAGAAUUUGAAAUACAAUGGGAAAAUAAUACAUUUCCUGGUUGGCCAAAAGAAACUGGUUCAGCAUUAACAAAUGUUGGUGCACAUUUAGAGCUAUCAGCAUUUUCAUCAUGGGAAGAAUUAGCAUCACUUGGUUUAGAUAGAUUAAAAUCAGCAUUAAUGGCACUUGGUUUAAAAUGUGGUGGUACAUUAGAAGAAAGAGCACAAAGAUUAUUUAGUACAAAAGGUGAAGCAUCACUUGAUCCAAAUUUACUUGCUAAAAAUAAUAAAAAUAAAAAAAUUGGCAAAGGUAAAGAUAUGGAAAAACAAAAAGAUAUUGCACGUCUUGAAUCACAAGUAUAUAGAUUGGCUGAAUUAGUUACAAGUCAAAGAUUAUCAACAAAAGAAAAUGUACAAAGAAAACAAGCAAGAACAGAGGGUGAACGUGGUGAUUCAGAUGCUGAUGCAAGUGCAAGUGAAUCAGAUGAUGAUGAUGAUAAUGAAGUACCAUAUAAUCCAAAAAAUUUACCACUUGGUUGGGAUGGUAAACCAAUACCAUAUUGGUUAUAUAAACUUCAUGGUUUAAAUAUAAGUUAUAAUUGUGAAAUAUGUGGUAAUUUUACUUAUAAAGGACCAAAAGCAUUUCAACGUCAUUUUGCUGAAUGGCGCCAUGCUCAUGGUAUGCGUUGUCUUGGUAUACCAAAUACAGCACAUUUUGCAAAUGUUACACAAAUUGAGGAUGCAUUGGCACUUUGGGAAAAAUUAAAAACUCAAAAACAAGCUGAAAGAUGGCAACCAGAACAAGAAGAAGAAUUUGAGGAUUCACUUGGUAAUGUCGUUAAUAGAAAAACAUAUGAGGAUCUUAAACGACAAGGACUAUUGUAGAAAAAAAAAAAAAAAUCAUUAAUAAUACUUA